AUGUAUCGCUAUGGCCCGGGGGGACCAGAAACGCCAGCACCGGGGGCGUUGAGAGCAUUACCGGCGGGAGGUACCGGUGGCUACGGUCACGAAGCACGGACUCGCGGGUCCGGUGGAGGAUACCAAAUGGGUCAAGGAUCGUACCAAAUAACUGUCGACACGGACCAAGGACCCAUGUUAGUUCCUGUACAAUUGGACUUGCAGCAGGCGUCAAAGGCGGCCGAUGAAAAAAGAAAACGAAACGCCGGUGCUUCUGCCAGAUUCCGCGAGAGAAGGAAGGAGAAGGAGAAGCAAGCUUCCUUCACGAUAUCUGGCUUACAAGCAGAGCUUCGGGGGGUGAUCGAACAACGCGACUUCUAUCUCGCUCAAAGAAAUUACUUUUGCGACCUGAUCAGCAGAUGUUGA